AUGACAUCCGCACCUCAGCCCAUAGAGGACCAGGGCUCCGAGGCGCCUCCCAGCAGUUGGAGGAGCGCGAGUGAUGGUUCACGGCUGGCUGACGAGCCGCAGGAUAGUCCCCAUGAAGGCGGUGACUACGAUAAUAGCGCGCGGUUUUACCACCGCAUGCACUCGUCAUCACGCACGACGUCCCCAACGAGAACAGGGAGCGUAUCGCCAAGCGGGCGUACUGGAGGCGCCUCGCCGUUGAUCCAUCAUCGGAACCUAGCCCUUCCUGCGGGUGGCCAAGCAUAUUCCCCAGGCGCCACCCUGUCAACAUCAUUGUCCCCCAACUCGCGUUUCCUCCAACAGCACCUCCCUCCGACCUUUCCGCGCCCUCCCUCGGCACAGCCAAGCCCUGAUGCCGCAGAUGUCUCGGACCCAUUCACACCUCCCUUGCCAGUCCCGUCAUUCGCCAAUGCCCAGGUCAUCCUCACUCCAACAACACAAGAGUGGCACGAGCUGAAGGAGAUCGGGCGUCUUGAAGGCGAGCGUGUGCCGGGUUCGGACAGCGACUCUGCGAGCCCUACGUCGCCUGUCAGCGGCAAGAGAGUCGAGGUCCGCGGCGAUUACUUCUCCACCACGCGGGAGGACAUGCUCGACCAGCCUGUGACACCAGCGCGGCCAGUCUUCCAGCCAGUUGUAACGGCCCCGAGCCCAUUACCUCAAAUCAAAGACGAUGGCUCUACGGAAGUUCCCGCAGCCGUGCUGCAGGACAUGGAUGGCAACAAUGUGGACGAAGACGCGACCCUCACGAUGGACCCCUCGCUUGGGUUCACCAGCUUUGGUAGGCACGACUCUCUCCGCCUCAAGUCUAGAUCCAAGUCGCAGGCUCCGAAGCAGAAGACUAAGCGCGAGCUGCAGCGCGAGCAACUCUUCAAGAUGGUAGACCAGGAGAUAGCAGACGCGGAGCCUGAGCCGGAGCGAGGCUAUCGGACGUGGAACGUCCGCGGAAUGGGCAGCGGUGUAGGUCGAAUGAGUCUGGACGGCGCAUCCGUGACGAAUGGGCUGGGCAGUGAACCUGAGAAGAAGUGGCCAGAAUCACCCGCCGAGCCUGGGUCCCAAAAAACAACAACGCCUGAGUCCGAGCGCUCACAUUCCCGCUCGCCCGAGGUGGCCCGACUCGUGCACCCCUCAUCCACCUCUCGCCCAUCUCCUUUGCAAUACACAUCCAACUUUGGAGCGACUGCGUCUGGGUCGGACGGGUCUCUUGGCUCGAAUAUCGACCUGGCCUUGCAACCAGACGAGGCUCCCCAGUCGCCGCCACCCGAAACGCAGACUGACCGUUACGAGGCCAUCAGGCACUACGCGCGCCAACUCUCCACCCGCAAGUCUAUAGGCUCUGGCCCGUCUCGUCCACCAUCACGCGCGCAGUCGCGCCGCGGGUCCUACGAGGACGAGGCGACGACGCCGAGAUCGCCCAGGAGACGCGACACGCUCCGUGUCUCGUUGGUCGCGGGGCGUGUCGUCAAGCCUGCAGAAUUUCCGGGUCUUUCACCCUUAACACCAGCAAACCCUGUGGCUGUCAUGUCACCUAAGGCCACGCUGCUCCAGAGCUUUUCACCAUUCCGCCGGGCGAGCCCCACGGGGGUGCGCCCGCCGUUAUCGACGCAAGGCUCGUCGUUUUCGAGUCCUGGGUCAUACGCAUCGAGCAUCAUCGCACCGAGCCUCCCCGCGACACCCGCCAAUGAGCCUGGGUCGGGUGGGGUCGGGGGCCACGGCAUUGACGAUUACAUCAUCAUCAAGGAGGCUGGAAAGGGCGCGUACGGCCUUGUCAUGCGCGCCAGGGUCCGAGGUGCUAAGGGGGAGCCCGUCGGUGAGGAAGUGAUCAUCAAGUACAUCAUCAAGUCGCGCAUCUUGGCCGACUGCUGGAAGAAGCAUAAGGCGCUGGGCCCGAUUCCCGUGGAAAUCCACGUGAUGGACCAAGUGCGACAUCUGAUCUACUUGCGCCCACCCGUGCCGAAUCCGUGGGACCCAUUCAGGCCAAGACGCGAUGCCGAGAGCAACGGCGACGCGGUUGGCGGCGGGACCCCUGAUGGGGUGGCCAACUCGGCCGCGGCCAGCCGAUCAAGCACGCCGGCGUCGCAGACGAACUCGACGUCGCGGUACAUCUCGAGUGAGCUCAAGCAUGGACCUGAGAGAGGACACCCGAACGUAUGCAAGUUGCUCGACUUCUUCGAGGAUCGCGAGUUCUACUACCUUGUGAUGCCGCGAUACGGGUCGGGCGUGGACCUGUUCGACUACGUCGAGUCGCAUGCGGACGGGCUUGACCCGUUCGAGGUGCGCAGCUUCGUGGGCCAGCUCACGGAUGCCGUACGGUUCUUACACGCCAAUGGCAUCGUGCACCGCGACAUCAAGGACGAGAACGUCAUCCUCGACGGUGAGGGGAGAUGCCAGCUCAUCGACUUUGGCUCGGCGGCGCACUGGCGCCCAGGCAAGCGCUGGGACACGUUCAGCGGCACGCUGCACUAUGCGUCUCCCGAGAUCCUGCGAGGCGAGAUGUACGGCGGCAAGGAGCAGGACGUGUGGGCACUGGGCACCGUGGCGUAUGUGCUUCUCGUGGGCGAGACGCCCUUCUCCGAGCUGCCAGACGAGGUGUUUAUGGGUCUCGUACCCGGUUCGCGAGCGGAAAUGGCACUGGAGGCACGCUGCGGUUCGCCAGACGAGAGCCGCGAGCCCGACGGUGGCGGAGCGCUCUGCGAUGCGGCAGACUUUGUCCGCCAUUGCCUACAGCCCGAUGUGCAUGACCGGCCCACAGCUGAGCAGCUCCUGCGUCACAGGUACCUGGCAGGCACGGAGAAAUCGUGGACGGGCUUCCGUGGGUGGGAGCGCAAGGCGCCCCAUGUGCCAGCGCACAUAAUAACCGUUGCGUGA